AUGUCCACUUUACCUACUUCUUUUUCAUUUGACUACUUGGAUUACCCUUCAAGCACCCACCUGUCAACCUCAAACCACCAACCACAACCGUCCAGCCAUUCCGAAUUGUACAAUGGGUUGAACUUGUCAAGAAACAUGGGAGUUGCUACAGUUAGUUCUAAUAUGGGCACGUACAACCCUUCUUCGUCAGUCGGUUACCACAACGAAAUAGAGAAGCUCAAGAUGCAAUUAAAUUUGAAAACUCAGAUGGUUUCCAAUUUGCAAAAGAAGCUCACAUCUAAAGAGUCAAAGGAAAUGUCAGAAAUGGGAGGGAAAUCUGGACUGAAAGAUAUUCCAAUCACCAACACGUCUUUCUACGAGCUCUUUAAGGAUGUAUCAACUCAAUUAGCUGCUAAAACCAAAGAGUGCAACAAUUUGAAAACUUAUUUAGAGUCAGUUCUUAUCUCCUUGUCAAUGAAUGGAAAAGAUUCAUCACACGAAGACUUAAUACACAAGGUAGUGAACAAGAUUAACUGCUUGCUGACUGAGAACGAGAAGUUGAUGCAGAUGAUUUGUUUUAGCAACAAACUGAAUUUAUUGAUCGAAGUGGGGAUUUUACGCAAUGAAGUUCAGGUUUUGAAGGAAAAGCUUCGUAAGUUUGACAAGAUUAAGUAG